UCUCAGUGUGGUUUGUUUUUAUUGUGGCGCUCAGGGCUUUUUGAGCCAAAGGACACCAGGUACGAGCUGGAACGCGAUCCUUCAAUGGACCCAUCGUUGACUGAGAUGGUGGAAAAAGCCAUCAAGAUUCUUCGCAAAAACUCGAAAGGAUUCUACCUCUUUGUGGAAGGUGGGAGAAUAGAUCACGGCCAUCAUGCAGGGAAGGCCAAGUACGCUUUGACGGAGGCUGUGGAAUUUGACAGAGCCAUUGCGCGGGCGGCUGAGCUGACGAGUGAACUCGACACCUUGUCCGUGGUCACUGCUGACCAUUCCCAUGUGUUCUCCUUCGGAGGCCACUCUUACAGGGGCAAUUCUGUGCUAGGCGUUUCUUAUUCAAAAGCUGAGGAUGGCAAGAGCUUUACUAAUGCACUUUACGGGAACGGUCCAGGAUACCAGAUUGUGAAUGGAACUCGUCCUGACAUGAAUGAAACGAUCUCAACCAGUGAUGACUAUCUUCAGCAGGCUGCUGUACCUCUAGAUUCAGAAACUCAUGGUUCUGAGGAUGUUGCUAUUUUUGCCAAAGGCCCGAUGGCCCACCUCUUCCACGGAGUGCAAGAGCAAAGCUACAUUGCUCAUGCUAUGGCUUACGCUGCCUGUAUUGAGCCCUACACCAACUGCCAGCUAGAAAACUAUGCCAUUUGCACGAAGUUCAGCCUCGUGGUUCUGAUGCUGAGCUUGCUCUCCUCACUCACCACCCUAAUGUAAUGUGUCUAAAGCGGGGUGAGGUGCACUUUAAACAGCUUUUUUGUAAAUUUAAAUCACAAUACAUUUGAAGGUUUUUCGCAUUCAACUGCAACAUUUAAACAACUGAUGGGCAAGUUGCAUGUAAGUUCAGCACUGGAUCUGUGUUCACAAUUAAUGUUGGUUGAGAUAUAAUUUAGAUCCUCUGUGAGGACAUGAAUAAGUGUUGGACAAAUGUUGAUUAAUGCAUGCCAAUAAAAUCUGACAAAUCCUAGAA